CAUCACAACGCGACAAACAGUGUUUUCAGUUCCUCUCACUUUAGUCGUCCCCGUUGAUAAGUUAAAGAACACUGGAUAUAGACAGUUAAAAUUGGAGUUGAGCGUUUCUUCCCAGAAUGGGCUGCAGUGGUGAAAGAGCGGACUGCCCGUGAACGUGUCAUCGGUAUGGCCGCUCAGAGCCUGCAGCAGCUCGUCUCCUCCGCCGCCUCUCUGCACUCAGACCGGGUAGCAGUGACCUAUGACAGCGGCUCAGAGUCUGGAACCCCGGUAUCCCUGAGGUACCGAGAACUAGAGGAACUGACGGGCGAGCUAUCUGUGUCUCUGCGGGAGAAAUGCUCCGGUUGUAACGGAGUGAUAGGGCUGUACUGCGAUGAUGAUUUGUUUGUACCUGUGUGGGUCCUGGGGAUCCUGAAGUCCCCUGCAGCUUAUGUUCCCCUGGACCCUGAGGCUCCAGGUCUCCUCUCUUCCAGAGUCAUAAAGCAGUGUGGACUCAAAUUCUGUGCUGUGAAGGCUGACAUGCUGCAGAGAUUUCAGACAUCACUCAGCGAACAUGUGUCCUUGGAGAUUUGUGCUGAGUUCCCAAAGUUCAAACUAAUGUUGGUGAAAAUGGAGACGCUGCCGCUCUCUGAGAACAGACGAGGGCUUGAUCUUCCCCGAGCUCAGACAGCAGGGGGCGCUGCUGCUGAGCUAGAGGGGCAUGGACAUGCAGACUUGGCAUAUGUACUUCACACAUCUGGAACCACUGGAGUCCCAAAGACUGUGAGAGUGCCCCACAGGUGUAUCCUCCCCAACAUCCUGCACCUGAGAUCUUUGUUCCAGAUGAGCUCAGGCGACGUUGUUCUUCUUGCCUCACCGUUAACGUUUGAUCCCUCUGUGGUGGACUUGUUCCUGGCCUUGUCAUCCGGGGCUCAGCUCUUAAUCGUCCCAGCUGUGAUGAAGAAGAUGCCUCGGCGUCUGGCUCAGCUGCUGUUCACACGUCACAAAACAACAGUCAUGCAGGUCACUCCGACGCUCCUCAUCCGUUUCGGGCAGCGUAUCCUCAAAGAGGAGGUGUUGUCGGCCGGCUCCUCGCUGCGGGUUCUGGCUCUCGGAGGAGAAGCGUGCCCUUCAGCGGCUCUGCUGAGGAGCUGGAGACAUGAGGAGAACAAAACUCAAAUUUACAACAUCUACGGCAUCACUGAGGUGUCCUGCUGGGCCUGUGUUUAUGAAAUACCAAUGUCUGUGCUGCAGUCAGACAGCCUCUCAUUGUCCUCGGUGCCUCUUGGUACUCCUCUGACGGACACGCUGGUGGAGGUCCGGGAUGAAGACAGCUGUGUUGUUACAGAAGGAGAAGGACAGGUCUUUAUAGGUGGGGAGGACAGGGUGUGUCUCCUUGACGGUGAAGACGCUGUCGUCCCCGGGACGAUGAGAGCGACAGGAGAUUGGGUGAGCGUUAGAGACAAUCAGAUGUUUUACCUGGGUCGCAGAGACCGGCUGAUUAAACGCCAUGGGAAACGAGUGAACCUGGAUGAUUUGCAGCAGCUCAUCCAGACUCUUCCUCAGGUGGAGGCGUGCGCUGUGAGCCUGAAUGGAGGCUCUCGACUGCUCGCCUUCGUGGUGGCGUCCACACCUGGACAGCAGACCGAGCAGGAACAAGUGGAGCACUCGGGUCAGGAACGCCUCGUCUCUGCUGCAGAAGGGGACUUGAGCAAACUGAUCCUGGACCAACUGUCUCUGCUGCUGCCGCCUCACAGCGUCCCUGACUCGUUGCUCCUGGUCCCGGCUUUAAGCUUGACCCCUCAUGGCAAAGUGGACAUGAAGGAACUUUUAAAAAUAUACAAAAGACAGAGACGAUGUUUAGAGUCAUCACAGGGAGAUUUCAACAAACUUAGGCAAACUCUCCAGGCUUUAUGGAAGAAAACCCUGGGUCUGGCUAAUGAUGCCGCCAUCAACGAGGAAUCAAACUUUCUUCUGAGUGGCGGAGACUCCUUGAAGGCCGUACACUUCCAUGAGGACAUCCUGGCCACAGUAGGAGCUUCCUCGCCAGAGCUGCUGGAGGUCAUACUGGAUGGGACUUUCUCUGACGUCCUUCACCACAUUGGGAGGUUGACACUGACGCUGCCAGUCCAGAGCAAGAUGUCAGCUCUGACAGAGGUGAAGAAACGGCGUGCCGAAGCUCCCUCUGCAGUGCCUGUGAAGAGAGAACAUGCAGAGCAGCAACAGGAGGAGAGGAGAUGUUUUAUAGUGGUAGAACGAGCAGGAACAGUGAUGGCAGUCAGAAAUACAGAGACAGAAAUGAACCCUAUAGAAGGAAAGGAUUUCUGUAAAAGAGACGGAGCUCUGGAUCUCAGUCUGAGCUGGUCUUCAGACACGGGUAGAUGUGUGGAUGCUUCUCCAAUGCUCCUGGUAGAGAACAGAACAAAAACAACAGUGUUCAUCGGCUCUCACUCUCACAGGAUCCAGGCGUUAGACCUGACCACAGGGAGUCUCCUGUGGGAGCGAGUCCUGGGUGGGAGAAUAGAAGCCUCAGCCGCAGUGUCCCGCUGCGGGACUCUUGUGGGUCUCGGUUGUUACGACGGCUGCGUUUAUUUUCUCUGUGCUGCUUCUGGAGAGACUCGGUGGGCAUUCGAGACGGGGGACGCUGUGAAGAGCUGCCCCACCGUGGACCUACUCACCGGUUUGAUAAUGGUGGGAUCACAUGAUGGGCAUGUGUACGCCCUGAACCCUGAGUCGAAGCGUUGUUUCUGGAAACGUCACUGUGGAGGUGGCGCCGUGUUCUCCUCUCCACUGCUCCUCUCCUCGGUCAGACGGCUGUUUGUGGCAUCCCUUGGAGGUCGUCUGCUCUGUCUCAAUGCUGACAGCGGUGAGGAGCUGUGGUCUAUCUCUAGAGGCGUCCCGUUCUUCUCUUCGCCAAACGCCUCCUCUGGUCACGUUCUCAUCGGCUCAGUGGAUGGAAGCAUCUGCUGCUACAGCGAGGAGGGAAAACUGGUCUGGCGGUUUCUAACAGAAGGACCUGUCUUCUCGUCUCCGUGUUUCACUCCCGACCAGCAGAGCGUCCUCUGUGGCUCACAUGACGGCCGUUUGUACUGUUUGAACCGUGCUGACGGCUCUUUAGUUUGGACCUUUCAGACCACGGGGAAGGUUUACUCCAGUCCAUUUGUGUUUGAUGGCUCUGUGGUGGGAUGGAGCGGGCCGCUGGUGGCUUUAGCCUCCACUGACGGAGCUGUGUGGAUCCUGGAUGGAGAAGAUGGACGGAUGCUGACCAAGUUCACUCUUCCUGGAGAGCUGUUUUCAUCCCCUGUGGUGUGGGGACGGUCCCUGGUUAUCGGGUGUCGUAAUGACUUUGUGUAUUGUUUACAGCUCACAGUGAAAGAAGAAGCAUUAAAGUGAUUUUAUAUUAAA